AUGGCUGGCUCAAAAACUAUACUGACAAUUCUGCGGUCAUUUGUCUUCGUAGGCACGGUUAUUGUCUUCGUGCUGGGAAUAUGGGGCGAGUACAUAUAUCUGAGUAGUGUACACGUCACUGAUACCCGUUUAGCUGUCACAAUCAUUCAAGAUAUCAACAGACAUGGAGAAGUAGUUCUUGCGACCUUUCGGUCCAGGCUUGGGGCCGAGGCAGUUUCAUGGUCACAGUUCAUUGCUGAAGCGACGCAAGGUACUGUGCGAACGUGGAUCUUGGUUGUCACCAGUUCAAUUACCGCUCUCAUCCUCCUCCUAAUCAUUGUGUCAAACCGCUAUUACUGGCUCCGCAUCCCGCCGACCAUCGUCAUCCUCCUCGAACUCACAUCCAUCAUCUCCACCAUCACAGUCUUCGGCUGCGCCUUCAGUCUUUCUUUAAGCCUGAAGGCAUUCACGAUAGCCCCCUUCCCCACUCUCGACUCCAUCGACCUAUCUUUCUUCGCCCUCCUCAACCCAUUCAGCAUGGCAUUGGCCAUCACAUCUGCCCUGGCAGGCUUCCUCCUCAUCAUAACAUUCACAGCAAACCUUCUCGAUUUCCGCAAACGCCGCACCCGCGCCAAAGAUACUCGCUCCUUCGAGCCCACCGUGUCAGCACUGGGCAUGAGCCAUGGUUUCCAUGCGCUGCAUCCGCAGCCACGGACAACUCGCGAGCCGAUACCGACGGUGUACGAUCCGUACAGAGCUUUUCGCAAGGACCAGGAAGGGUUGCCGAGUACGAAGCAAGUGGCGUUUGCGAGUGAGGGGGCGUGGAUGAGUAGGAAGCACUCCAACUCCAGGUGGAGUGCAUCAACAAUGAGCCCAAGGGGUAUUGAGGGGGAUAUAAUGAGGCUGCUGGAGGUGAAGAGGACGAGGAGGGCGGUGCCAGUGAGGCCUACGAGGCCGUGGAGCGUGAUGUGGAAUGGAAGGGAGGGCACACAUGUUAUAUAUUAG